AUGCCGUACCAAUUCUUGGACUGACAGACCCAAGACUCUGCUACUUACUGGAUGGAUUCCUCUUCAUUUACGCAGUCGUCAUAACAGCCCUUUUUGUGAAAGCAAAGCUUAGCCAGACCUCUGAACCACAGCUGCAACCAGGCCAGGAUGAUGUGUAUAAUAAACUGUCUCGUGGACGCCGAGAUGAAUACGACGUUCUGGGGGCAAAGCGAGGUGGAGACCCUGAGCUGGGUGGGAGACAGCAGCAGAGAAGAAAGAACCCUCAGGACACCGUCUACACUUCCCUGCAGAAGGACAAGAUGGGCGAGGCAUACAGUGAAAUCGGAAUGAAGGGGGAGCAGCAGAGGCGGCGAGGCAAAGGCAACGAAGGUGUCUACCAGGGACUCAGUACAGCGACCAAGGACACUUACGAUGCUCUCCAAAUGCAGCCUUUGCCCCCCCGUUAA